AUGUCCUUACAAGAACCCCCUUUGGAUAGAAAACGAUCUAUCCCUUCAUCUAGUUCCCAACUGGAAAGAAUACCGACCAAAAGAAUGAAAAGUGAAUCAUCCAUCACAGAUGAUCAAUCUACCAACAAAGAUGCCUUUUCAGAAAAGAUGUAUCAAACCUUUGUUAAAUCAGCUUUCGAUGCCCUUGAUAAAAUAAAUACAUUGACAGAAAGAAUCAAUAUACCAAUAUCCCAUAGAGAAGCUCUUCCUCUUAAACAUUUUAAUAUAGUUCUUCAUAAUUCCAUAUCUAGUAUAUCAAAAUUAGAUAAUAAAUCAUCUCAACAUUUGAUUUCUGCCAUUUUAAACUAUAAAUGGUUGGAAAUAAAUCAAAUCGAUGAUCCAUUUGCAUAUUCAACAUUCACUGAAUUAUAUUCUCAUUUCUUAAGUGUUUUGGUAUCUUCAUUACCAAAAUAUUUACAUGAUGUUAUUAAUAAAUUAAUAAAUGAAUUUAAUAAUUUCGAUCCCUUUAAAAAUGAAAAACAAUCAAUCAUUAUAAAUCAUCAUCAAAUCUUAGCUAAAAUCAUAAGAUAUAUACCCACCUGCAUUAAUAGUUUUCCAUCUGGUUUACAAAAACAUUUCCCUCAUCAUUUAUCUUCAUCAACCAAAGAAUUAACCAAUUAUAUUAAUAACUUAAUGGCAUUAAUCGAUUAUUGUCCUGAACUUCAAUAUAGUGCAUGGAGACUCAUAAUUGAAUGUUGUAUUAAACUUGAUGUUGAAUUACAAAAUGAAUUAGAUGAUUUGGAUGAUGAUGAAAUUGAAGAAUUACUUAAUGAAGAUAUCGAAGAAGAUAUUGAAGAAGGUGAUAGUGUUGCGGAUGUGACAAUUAAUCAAGUUAACAAUGAAGAAGAUGAAGAUAAUGAACAAGAUAUGGAAUACAUUGUAGAUCCAAUGAAUUCAACUACUAAUAUUAAACUUUUACUGUCAAAAUUAGAUUCAAUUAUAAAUAUUUUAUUAACAAAAACAUCUAAUUCUUUCACGGUUGAAAAAUUGGAUAAUGGAAGUGGUAUAACUUUAUUUAACAGCAUCACAUCAUUAUUUAGAUCCCAUAUCUUACCAACUCAUUUCACCAAACUGACACAAUUUAUCUUAUUCCAUAUUACUCAAUAUCAACCAGAAUUGGCUGAUUCAUAUUUAGUCAUGUUGAUUGACGUAGCAUUCAAUCCUAAUGAAGUGUUGGAAAAAAGAUUAAAAUCAAUGCAAUAUAUCUCAUCUUAUAUUGCCAGAGCUAAAAAUUUAUCAAGACAUCAAGUUGUUUUCAUAGUAAGUUAUUUAAUUGGAUGGCUUAAUAAAUAUAUCAUUGAACGUGAGAAUGAAAUUGCUGAUUCUCAAGAUCGUAUGAAUUUAUCAUCAUUAAUGGAAUUUAAUACAUCAAGACAAGUUGGUGGGAUGGAACGAUUUAAAUUAUUUUAUGCUGCUUUCCAAGCUUUGAUUUAUAUAUUUUGUUUCAGACAUAAAUUAUUAUACAAGAGUUUUGAAACCAAUGAAUCAUCAACUUCAACUUCAACCACCACCAAUGCCAUUCCAACUUCCAAUACUGGUGAUUCAGAAUGGGAAUGUGAUUUAGAUAAAUUCUUUCAACGAGUUAUCUUAUCAAAAUUUAAUCCUUUGAAAUUUUGUGAUGAAACUGUUGCUUAUAUCUUCGCCAAAAUCGCUACCAAAUUGAAUGUAUGUUAUUGUUAUUCAAUUAUUGAACAUAAUAAAAGAGAAAGAAUGUUACAAGCGGUAAGUAGCUCAAACAAUGAAUCGAAAACUCAAAGUAUGUUACCAUCAGCUGUUGGAAAUUUCAGACAAAAACAAGAAUUUUUGGAUUUGGAAGCUUAUUUCCCAUUCGAUCCUUUGGUCUUACCUUUAUCAAAAGCGAUUGUGAGUAAAUGGUAUGUGGAUUGGUCUGCUGUUAAUCCAAGUAAUGGAGAAGAUGAUGAUGAAGAUAGUGGUAGUGCUAGCAGUCAUCAUGAAGAUGAAGGUCUUGAAGAUGAUAGCGAAGAAGAUGAUGACGAUGAGGAUGAUGACGAAGAUGUUUCCUCAAGUUCAGACAGCGAAGAUGAAGAAGCGUAA